AUGCACGAGUGCCUUUAUAAACAAAUCCAGCCGACCCGGCGUCCACCCAUACGCCCACCACGCUUAGACGAUCUGUGGCGUCAAUCUCUUCCAAAUCAGCCAACGUCUGUAUCUGAACCCAUGAAUAAGUUCGUAACCCCGUUGAGCACAUACAACCCCAUUUAUAUCCCCAUUUCAAACCCCCUCCCUCUAAUACCAAAUCUGCCACCAUCCCCGCCUACGCCCACCCGCGGCCGCCCCCGAAGAGCUUACGGGCGUCUGACUGCGCUAGGAGGACGCCAACCAGUUCCAAGGGCUCUCUAUUCUCCCAUACUUACCAGCAGGUCCUCCUCCUCCUCCUCCUCCUCCUCUUCGCCACCUGCAUCAUCUUCGACCACAACCUCCUCCUCCUCCUCUCCAUCUUCCUUAAAUGGCCAACCACCACUUCCUAUUUCAUUCUUCCUUCAAACUACCUCUUCCUCCACUAUCGCGCACCCACCACCUCCUCCACCUCCUUUUCGCCUUCCUUCUCUAAUGCCCCCCACUACUUCCUCCCACACCCCAUGCCUUCCUCCCGCUGCGAGGUUUUCAUGGGUCCUCAUUAUUUAA